AUGCCCCCCGCAACGCCCGCCGACAAUGAGAACCACCAACGCCUGCUAGACACCCUCGACAUCGCGCAUGUGCCGCGCCCCUUCCGCAACCCGGCGUGGAAGCCCUCCCAGCGCCGCAACAAGAACGUCAAGCAGCUUCUCUCCGAGAGCAUGAGACGCGAGGCGUCGCAGAUGGCGACGCAAGCCAACUCCGGUGCGACCACUCCGCUGCCCACAACGGGGUCCGCCAGCAGCGACGGCACCCAGACGCCCGCCGAGGGCCUCCCGCGAUCGUCCAACAUCGCCCAGGCCGCACAGAAUCUCUCCACGCUCGUCCUGGAGAAGAACGCCCGCGCGACGUUCCCCUCCUGCCCGGCCGUCACCUACACGAAUAUCGAAUCGGCGCCCUCCCUCCAUCCGUCCCAGCAGGCCCAUUACUGCGACCUCACGGGGCUGCCGGCCCCCUACACGGACCCCAAGACCAGGCUGCGGUAUCAUGACCGUGAGGUGUUUGGGGUGAUUCGUACCUUGGGACAGGGCGUGCCCGAGAGCUAUCUGGAGCUUCGGGCUGCCCAUGUCGUGCUGAAGCAAUCAUCAGGCUAUUACUCUGAUAUAAUGUGCGAUCAACAAAGUCAAGCCCUUCCACCCCCCUGCCCCUCUCGAGACAGGUUCAAGGAAGUGCUCCGGCUUAAUCGUGACCUUUCAUACUACGAUGAGUCAAUCUUCGCCUUGUGCCAAGGGCACUCGACUAGUACCGACGCUCCAGGGACGGGAACAUCAGUUACAGCAUCCGAGGAUGCUGUCGCCGCGGCGGGAAGCACCAUGGGCUGGUGCGGUGUAUAA